AUGGCGCCUUCAAGUUCGCAAUCAAGGUCCACUCGCCCUAUGCGAUCUAGCCGCACCAAGGUACAGACUUACCAGGAAGACAGUUCUUCGCAAGAGGAAUCAACAGAUUUUCGCAACGCAAGGCGUGCGUCGCUAUCGCUCCGCUCACGCAGUGCAACUCGCGUGCCGAAAUCCUAUCGUGAAGAAUCGACUGAUGCUAGUUUUGAUGAAUCCACGGAAGGAUCCCUGGAAGAGCCGGAGUCGGAAUCAUUCGUAGUUGCACCAAGCGAGGCGCAAAUUCCGGAUACUGAAUCCGCACCGACUCCGCGCCCUGCUAGAUCUCGACCUUCUCGGCGCGCCGCAACUACCCAGAAGCCCAAGCGGACUAGACAAUCAUUGAAAACCAGCAAUCAGGUUGGAAGAGGGUUUCACAAGCGUAUCAAGACAGAUGCAACUACCCCGAUAUUUAUCGGAUCAGGAGUCAUCCCUCCAUGGCAAUCACUACCCUAUUAUGUCCUUCUUGACAUUUUCUUGCGCGCAUCGCAUCCGUUACUCGACCAAAGCCGCUCGGCACGCAACGAUUCUGUCAAAUGGUUACUAAAUGUUGCUUUGCUGUGCCGGAGUUUUCAUGAACCCGCACUGGCCGCACUCUAUCACUGCCCUCCACUUCUGCCUGCCUACAAGAGCCAUGCCCUCCUUCAUUUAUUAACACAACCGGAAGAGUCACUGUCGAUGAACUAUUCCAGUAAAAUCAAAGAACUCCAUGUCGAGGUUGAACCGGUGCUCAUCUACAAAAGUGGACCCACUCUUGGUUACUUUGACCUUUCUCAAUUAAUCGGGAAGACCCCUCAGGUACACACCUUACGACUCUAUCACAAAGACGAUUACACAGUCGGGAUUCCUCCAUGGCAGAUUGUUCAGUCAAAGUGGACAUAUCCAAGCCAUGUUAUUUCUGCCAUAGAGAACCGUGGGAUCAUCCUUCGCAGCUGGGAUUGGAAUAGUCGCUUUCUAGAAACGGAUGAGCUUAUUGGGAUGAUGGUGAAAACACAUUCGCAGCGGGCAUUUCAGAAUCUGAAGGAGCUAAAGUUGCUCCAUCUUGAUGAUCCGGAUCAAGAAACAUCGGCUAUCAAAGAAGCCGGCCUUCUUGAAGCGCUUGAUAUGCUUCCAGACCUUCAACACUUGGAAUUCAUUGAAAGCUCCUUGGUGAAUGGGGAGAUCUUGAUCAAUUUGCCAAAUGGCCUUCGCUCGCUCACCCUCAAUAAUUGUGAUCGACUGUGGUCAUCAGAUCUCACAGCUUACUUAGCUUCGCACGGGACGAAUCUCCGAGAACUUAGUCUGAGCCACAACCGUCAUCUUAACAUGUCUUUUAUUCAGACUCUGGCCGAAUCUUGUGACAAUCUUGAAAUCUUCAAAAUGGACCUUUCUAUGCAUGACGGGUCCAGUUACCACGAUGUCGAACCGCAUUUUGAAGACUUACUUGUUCAGACUGAAGUUCCUACGUGGCCAGUGAAACUUCAAGAAAUUGAACUUACCCAAUUACGCAAAUGGGAUGAUGCUACAGCAGAGGUCUUUUUCACCUCGCUUGUCAAGGCAGCGCCCACACUUCGCGACCUAAGACGAUUGGCCAUCAGUGCAAUCUUGAAAAUCGGCUGGCGUGACCGGGCUACAUUUCGUGAGCGAUGGAUCAACCGGCUUGAGAAAGUUUUCUUGCGUCGAAGCCAGCCUCCAGAUCCCAAUCUCCGCUCCCUUCACAAGCGCCCCCUCGAAUCCAACACAUUCACCACGACGAAUAGAUCCAAUCAACCUGAAGCUCAAGUCGAUGAUUCAAGGCCAGUCGAAGCCGGUAGUGGAAGAUCCACUGCUUCCAAACGCCAGAGCAGUCGUCUAGCACAUCAAAAAUGUAGCGAACUCGAUGAUACUGCUAGCAGUACCUCGUUAGCGGGAACUUCACAGCCCGAAGACGAUAAGACACAGGGAAUGUGCGAUAUUGUGAACAUUCGAAUUGAUAACCAACGACCAUCCGAAUUGCAGUACAACGAAAACGAUUUCCUUGACGAUGAACUCAGUGGGGAUGAGGACUGGGCUGGUGAUGACUUUUAG